CUGGCCGUCUGACCCUGCGUGUCGGCUGCUGCAGUGCACGUUAACGUGUAGGCAGUGGUUUGUGCACGAUGUGGACGAAUAUUGAUCGUCGAAAUUAAUCGAGGCGAUUCUUAAUUAUCCUCAUGAUGAAAUCUGAACGUAGUUGCGCUAUUUUUAUCGCAGGACAAAGUCGAGUGGUGCCACAGUGUGUUGUCAAGUCUGUUCGAGGCGGCGUUGAAUGAAAGGUCACUGUGCCCACUACGUCUUUACUUGGAGCUUCCCGUAUGCGUUUGAAAUGGACUUGUGCGCCGUGUACGUCGUUGAAAUUAUACGCUUAUGGUCUAACGGAAGCUGACGGGAAGCUUCAACUCGAUGAUCUUGUAAAAUAUAGUAUAUAAUAGUUGUGUCACAAAACAGGCAAUAUGAUAGCUAAAGCAGGAUCGUUCUCCCUCCAAGCCCUCAACAUACGACAAAUCGCUCGAGUUUGGCGCGGCGGUAAGCAUUGUUUUGAGCCGGCGCGGCUGGUUUCGAGCGUGAGAGAUGAAACCGCCACCGACGAUGUCCUGUCCACCUAUUACCGGCUUCUCGGUCAGGGCGAGCUGCUUCCUGAUGAAAAUCAGCUGAAAAUUGCCCAGCUGCUGAAGGAACUUCAAAUCAAAGUUGCAGGUUACACGCCGCACACCCCAGGCUUGUUUGAAAAGUGGCUCUUCAGGGCAAAGAAACCAGCCGACAAGCCACAGGGGUUGUAUAUAUAUGGUGCCGUGGGUCGAGGCAAGACAAUGUUGAUGGACAUGUUCUACGAGUCCACAGCGGUGGAGAGCAAGCAGCGAGUGCAUUUCCAUUCAUUCAUGCUGGAUGUUCACAACCGCAUCCACAGCUGGAAGCAGGAGUCGGCCCAGUCCGGCCAAGGUCGCAAGUCACCUCAAUAUGAUCCAAUUCCACCUGUUGCGGAAGCAAUCUGUGCCCGGGCUUGGCUCUUGUGUUUGGACGAGUUCCAAGUGACAGACAUUGGCGACGCCAUGAUCCUCAAGCGCCUGUUCAGUCACCUGUUCAACCUAGGCGCUGUGGUCGUAGCCACGUCAAACCGCAAACCUGACGAUCUGUACAAGAAUGGCUUGCAGCGCAGCAACUUUGUGCCUUUCAUUGAUGUGUUGAAGAAAAACUGCUUGCCAGUUGCUCUCGAUUCUGGUGUUGACUACAGAAUACAGAAAGGCGCCACCAAGACCAGCUUCUAUUUUGUCAAGUCCGAGUGCGAUGCAAAUGCGGAGCUGGACAAGCUGUUCAAGGUCCUGGCUAGCCAAGAGAAUGACAUCGUUCGAGCACGUGUGCUCACCAUCAAGGGACGCAACGUUGAGUUCCACAAGACAUGUGGCCGCAUCUUGGAUGCUUCGUUCUCAGAGUUGUGCGACCGUGCGGUUGGUGCCGUUGAUUAUCUGGCGCUGAGCCACAUAUUUCACACGAUACUUGUUCGAGAUGUGCCCGUGCUGACCCUACGUGAGAAGACUCAGGCUCGCCGAUUCAUUACCCUGGUGGACACCCUGUACGACAACCGGGUCCGCCUAGUCCUGUCGGCUGACGCUGCGGCUGACAAGCUCUUCCAGGCAGUCAGAAACGAUGGUAGCCUGACUGACGAGAAUCGCUCGCUCAUGGACGACUUGCAAAUUAGUGAUAAGGAAGGCCCACCUAAUGUGAGCAUCUUCAGUGGCGAAGAGGAGAUGUUUGCCUUCGAACGAACCGUGUCGCGGCUCAACGAGAUGCAGAGUGAAAAUUACUGGGCACAGGCGAGCAAGGAUGUUUAUUAGCGUUAGUGGCCUCACUGCUGCUGGGUGCUGCGGGCAAUCUGCUCCUUGAGCACCAUGAUGCUCUGCCGCUGGUCCGGAGGCAACAACGCGAUCUGCUGGUCCGAAAGCUGCAGCACCUGUUCCCACAAAGAGAGAGAGAAAAGUCAUCAGCAACUCUCGCAUGUCUGUGAUGCACCUAUGGCACUGCUGUCUUUCUGCAUGUCUCACAGCUACAAUGCCAUCCCUUGAUGUGACAAAUUCUUCUUGCAUACACACCUAUGGCAGUGAAAUAAUUGUGACCAUUUGCUUUUAAUUUUCACCUAAACCAAAACAUGCAGCCCUAAUUCUGUUCAGGGGAAUAGUAUUAUAACAGUUGCUACAUCUAAUCAAGAUGGGAGUUAGAGGUUUCCCAACAUGCCGAGCAGCUUUUUGUCAUCAGUGCACUUGCAGCGCUUACCUAAGUAAUGGAAAGCUUUUAGUCAAGCCAAAUGCCACGACACAAGAAAUAGAUGUUUAAUAAAAUGCUGUAACUUGUGAAAUUUUGUUAGGGCCCUGUUCAUUUACUCUAUGGCCAAUUAUGUUCUGCACACUGUAAUCAAAGAAGGUUUAUGUUACAAAACACAAAUGACAGCCUCUUACUCAGUUAUAAUAACAUGGCAAUGACCCAUAGAACAAACACGCAGCACUGGAUUACUGGCAACGAAGCAAUGGUCGGGUGACACUGCAUACUAAAUAAUAAAUUGUCGGUUUUAAUAUGUUUAAGCUGCACAAUGGGCAUUUUGGGCUCUGAAUAACUGAGGUUUAGCAUGCACCUAAAUGUAAAAGUCUGUUCGAUUAGCCUGCAUGACCUGGAUCAGUUCAUGAGGUGCUGCGCCCUACCAUUCGGUGCAGCAAUGGCACCCUCGGAACCAUGCCAUUUGUUUCAAAAGAUGCAGGGACGGUGCAGCGCUUGUUCACAAUUUUCCUGCAAUCUCCCUACUGACGGUGCCAGCUUGGUACGGGUGCGCAGCAGUAGCACAGCACAGUAAGCCCUGUUGGCACCCCGCUUACACACGUCUGCUGUGCCUAUGCAAAGCAGUGUGUGUUUAUGCCUAACCAUAUCUGCAGUUCGGGACCUCCUAAACUUACAUGGACAGGACACAUUGGACAGAAAAAACACUAAGGCUGUGCCGUGCACCCCACACGGCACAUUUCGUCACAUUGCCUCACAAUAAAAUCUAAAGAAAAGGAAAAAAAGCCCCAAGUUGCUUCAACACACCCCACCUUUGUGUCACACUGCAUCACCAGCCCCGCACGCCCGUCUCCCUUCUGCCCUCUUACCGACAUUGGAGGGGUGGAAUGGAGACGGGAUAGGGGGCGAUGAAGGCAUGCUGCACGGCACAAAGGCAGCUGUGGUUCAUGGCAUAUUUUUCUUUUUCCUGGACUUUACUGUCUUUUUCUUUUCGGCACAGACACCCAGUAGCCAGAUUUAAUUGUUAAAGCCAAUAAUGUGGCAUGGAAACAUUGUAGAAAGCAGUUUAUUUUACCAUAGAACAUGCAACAAAGUUCACAGUACAGCAGCUGCUUAUUGUACAUCUGAAUAUUGUUAAAACCGGCAAUGCUAUAGGUGGGUUCGACUGUACUCCUUUCUGUAAAAUUAAAAUGUUUGUCCCUUUUGCAUUUUUGUGCAAACCGGUUAUAACAAUGGGAUUUUCUUGGAAUUUGAAUAAAGUUAUAAGUGAGU